UAAAAUGAACAACCAUUCAGCAGAAGGGCAUUUAUUUCACAAUAAUAAUUCUUUGAUUAAUUUAAAUAAUUCCUCAAAUUUCGAACAUAAUAAUACUUUAAAUAAUAAUUUUACUUUAACUUCAAAUGAUACGUCUAGUAAAAGCAAUUUAUGGGAAUGUACAGAAAUGAUAUAUUAUAGAUGGUCUGGGAAUCAUUGGUUAAUGGGUAAUUUAAUUUAA